UCAUCGCUCGUUUCGCCUGCUGGGGAAGCGCAGAGGAAAGUAAACAGAGACAGAAAGCAGGCGGUUAUUCCCGCUUAUCCCGCGAUAUAAAGCCGCGUUACAGCAGAGACGCGUUGGGAUGAGCGCCUGAGGCUUUAGACGGUCUGAUAACGGCGCUGUUUGGUUGGAAGUAAAGCAGCAGGAUGCUGAAAGCUGUGAUUCUGAUCGGAGGGCCCCAGAAAGGCACGCGAUUCCGUCCGCUGUCUUUCGAGGUGCCCAAGCCUCUGUUUCCGGUUGCAGGAGUCCCAAUGCUGCAGCACCACAUAGAGGCCUGUGCUCAGGUCCCAAACAUGAAGGAGAUCCUGCUGGUUGGGUUUUACCAGCCAAACGAAGAGCUCAACCGCUUCUUACUGUCCGCACAGCAAGACUUCAAAGUAUCAGUUAGGUACCUGCAGGAGUACGCCGCUCUGGGCACAGGAGGAGGCAUUUACCACUUCAGAGAUCAGAUCCUGUCGGGCUCCCCGGAGGCCUUUGUUGUCAUGAACGCAGACGUGUGCUCAGAGUUUCCCCUGAUGGACAUGCUGAACUUCCAGAAGGAGCACGGGGACGCGCACAGCUUCAUCAUCCUCGGCACUGCGGCCAACAGAAAGCAGUCGUUAAACUACGGCUGCAUUGUUGAGAAUGAGCAAACGAGUGAGGUGCUGCAUUACGUGGAGAAACCCAGCACGUUCGUGAGCGACAUCAUAAACUGUGGAAUCUAUCUGUUCACCCCGGACAUCUUCCAGCACAUCGGCGCCGUUUUUCAGAAGAACCAGCAGGACCUGAUGCUAUACCCGUAUGAAGGAGACGAGCAGUCUAACGGCUGGCAGCGAGCCGAGGCCAUCCGUCUGGAGCAGGACAUCUUCACCGCGCUGGCAGGCCAGGGCAAGCUCUACGUCUACAAAACGGACCGAUUCUGGAGCCAGAUCAAGUCCGCCGGCUCUGCCAUCUAUGCCAGUCGACUGUAUCUCAACCAGUACCAUAAGACCCAUCCCGAACGACUGGCCGCGAAUAAGGACGGAGGGCCUAAAAUAUGUGGAAACGUUUACAUCCAUCCGACGGCCAACAUUGACCCCACUGCUGUGUUGGGUCCGAAUGUGUCGAUAGGAACCGGAGUGACGAUUGGAGCUGGAGUUCGAGUGAGAGAGUCCAUCAUCCUCCAUGGAGCCACGUUACAGGAUCACAGCUGUGUGUUAAACAGCAUCGUGGGCUGGGAGAGCACUAUUGGUAAAUGGGCGAGAGUGGAGGGCACCCCGAGUGACCCCAACCCCAAUGACCCGUACUCCAAAAUUGACAGCGAAACCCUCUUUAGAGACGGAAAACUCACUCCAUCCAUCACCAUUCUGGGCUGCAACGUGACAAUCCCGUCUGAAGUCAUCAUCCUCAACUCCAUCGUCCUUCCGCACAAAGACCUCAACAGGAGCUUCAAAAACCAAAUUAUUCUGUAAAAAGUCGCAUUUAUAGAUUUUACUGUAGUCAUUUCAGCCAUAUCUUAGCAUUUUAUGCAAAAGCCAAGCAGGGAGCUGUUAAUGUUCUUCAGAUUCUUCAGCCUUAGUAGUACUUUGGGAAGGCCAGUUGGGGUCAUUCUGCACUCAGAGUUGUCUUUGUAAGUGUGCAAUAUUAACACGUCCAGAGCCACAAACUCUCGUCUCUCUGCAGCUGAAAAGUUUAGAACAUGACAUUUACUGUCGCAGCUUCUCACUGAAAGCGAUAAUGAGCUUCUGAGCAGCCGCGUCUGUAGUGGUCUUUGUAGAAAUGUACACAAUGUGAAUUUGUACAAAUAGGUGGGAGAUAAACUUCAACCGAGCUGCAUCGUUUGGCAUUUCUCUCCACUGCCUGUUCUGUAAAGGGAACCGAAACGCUGUAGAUCAAGUCUCCGGGCGGCUGCUGAAUAAAUCAUGUCCCGUUGCUGUUUAAUGGAACUGCUGUCACGUUUAUAUUCAUAGGCGGCGGCUUUUUGAGCAGCAUCUUCAUUAUUACAGACACAUGAAAGACAACUCAAUAAAGGCUGGCUAAUUGGG